ACUCUCUCUCUCUUCUUUCUCUCUCCUCUCUCUCUCUCUCACACACACACGCAACACACACACUUGAGAAUCGGAGAGACAUCAAUCAACCACCGGUUGCAAAAAAGGACCACUUUUUCUUUUUCUACUUCACCGCAUUCUGUACUAAAUCUCGACACACUUCCGUUCCGCUUGGUGUUUUCUUGACUUAAUCCCCGUCGGGACGCGUAGUUGUUUUUGAUGUGACAAUGGUUCAAGGUCCGAGGGCCAAAAGUCGAAAAAGCCCUUCAGUUCAACUUGACUACACUGUUCAUAUCCAGGAGGUAAAGCCGUGGCCCCCGUCUGUGUCUCUGAGAACGAUCCGUUCUGUUCUGAUUCAAUGGGAACACGGCGAUAAAAAAUCCGGUUCGACCAAUCAAGUUGUCCCUUCAAUUGAUGAUGGUUUAAUCGAAUUCAACGAGUCUUUCAGGCUUUCGUUAACACUCAUUCGUGAAGUCACCAUCAAAGGAGAUGGUUUUCAAAAGAAUUGCAUCGAGUUCAAUCUUUACGAGCCGCGAAUGGACAAAACGGUCAAAGGCCAGCUCUUGGGAACUGCGGUUGUGGAUUUAGCAGAACACGGUAUGAUUAGAGAAAGUUUGUGCAUUAGUGCUCCCAUUAGCUGUAAGCGGGCAUAUCGGAACACUGCACAACCGCUUCUGUUCCUUAAAAUCGAGCCUUUUGAGAGGAGUCGAACAAGCUCCUCCUCGAGGGAGAGUUUGAUGAGAGAAACUUCAAUGGACAGGAGUAAUUUUGAAUCUGUUUCUGCAUUGAGUGAAGAAUGUGCAGAAGAAGCUGAGGUGGCGUCGUUUACUACCGACGAUGAUGCUUCCUCGCAUUCGUCUCUGGCUGUUACUUCAGCGGCAGCGGAAUCAAAUGGGAGUUCGUCGCCUCAAACUGAAGAGAAUGUGACAGUGGUGAAUGGUAAUGCUGGAAAGGCCCAAACUAAUGAGGAGCAAGUGACUAAACCUCGUUUCAAAUCCGAAGGGGGUUCUUCUCGUUCCCCCUCGUUGGAUUUAUCAUCCGAUCUUGCUUGGAUCACAAAAAGAAUUUCUUCUAGAAGUUUGCCGACAUCAGCAUCGCAAGAAAUGGAGGAACAGCAGAGCUGCAACAAAGAAAUCAACGAGCGUAAAACAGCAGUAGAAGGUAUUCCCGUGAAUGCUUCGUCUCCUGCUAAAGAAGAUCCCGACGCUGGUAGAAGAACAAACUCAACUAUAAAUUAUUCAACCGAUAAAAGUAUAAUAGAAAUACAUCAAAUGCUCGCAAAAGAAGUUAGAACAGUCGAAGAGAAAGAACAAACCGAGGACGUCCCACUGAGUGGCUCGUCUAAAUUUGAUGUCCAGAAACAAGCCGUGUUGGAAAACGUGCUACUUGCGCCUCCCAAUGAGAAAAUUGCAACGACUAGUAAUUUUUUAAAUAUUGAUAGAUCAAAGCAUGGGAAGUCAGUUCGAUCGUCUUUGGACUCAAGCAGGAGUAGCAACGGAUCACUUCGAAGCAAUCAGUUUAUUGCGGGCGAUACUAAGAAUCAUACUCAAGGCUCAGUUAGCAGCGAGUAUAAAGGUGCUAAGAUAUACCCGAAGGAAAAAAUAAACCUUCUCUCCGACAGUAAAGUCCAGCAUUUGGAGCGUAGAAUGGAAGUUCUAGAAGCAGAGUUGAGGGAGGCUGCUGCCAUAGAGGUUAGCCUUUACUCUGUGGUUGCAGAGCACGGUAGUUCGAUGACUAAAGUCCACGCACCAGCUCGACGCCUAUCGAGGCUAUAUCUGCACGCAAGCAAACAGAAUUCGAAAUCAAGAAGAGGCAGUGCUGCGAAAAGUAUUGUAUCUGGACUGGUUUUAGUUUCUAAAGCAUGUGGAAACGAUGUUCCUAGAUUAACUUUCUGGCUCUCGAAUUCGAUCGUACUGAGAGUAGUUAUGAGCAAGACGUUUGGAGAGAGUAAGUUGCCUAUCUCUGUCGGACCUGUUAUUGGAACAGCUACCGGAACAGCAAGAGAUAGAAACGGGAAGAAGAAUCCGUCACCACUUAAAUGGGAAUCGUUCUCCGGUAAGAGUCCUAUUCAAGAAAGUUCAGAUGAUUGGGAGAAUCCUCUAACUUUCCUAACUGCAUUGGAGAAGGUUGAAGUUUGGAUAUUUUCUCGAAUCAUCGAGUCUAUAUGGUGGCAGACUUUUACUCCACAUAUGCAGUCGAGCAAUGCCAGAGCCGAUGCUGAUUCUGAAUCUAGCAAGUUAUAUGAAAGAACAUCGAGUUCACUUGAUCAACGGCAAGUGAACUUCUCACUGGAACUCUGGAAAAAGGCUUUCAGUGACGCAUGUGAAAGGAUAUGUCCUCUUCGAGCAGGAGGACACGUCUGUGGUUGUUUACCUGUGCUCUCAAGAGUGAUAAUGGAGCAAUUGAUAGCUCGUCUAGAUGUAGCAAUGUUCAAUGCUGUACUUCGAGAAUCGGCCGAUGAAAUUCCAACAGAUCCUGUAGCUGAUCCUAUUAGUGAUGCUGAGGUUCUCCCUAUUCCACCAGGGAAAGCUAGCUUCGGCGCUGGUGCACAACUGAAAAAUGCGAUUGGGAAUUGGUCGAGGUGGCUCACUGAUCUAUUUGGCAUUGAUGACGAUGAAAUACUGAAGGAUAACUUGGAUGAUAAUGAAGACGACGAGAGACUGUCGGAUGACACAUCAUCAAAGUCAUUUCAUCUCCUUAAUGCACUGAGUGAUCUUAUGAUGCUUCCCAAGGACUUGUUAUUAAGCCGUACCGUCAGAAAAGAGGUAUGUCCUACAUUUGGUCCACCGUUAAUAAGACGAGUUCUCAACUCUUUUGUCCCAGACGAGUUUUGCCCCGACCCGAUUCCUGCAGUUGUACUUGAAGCCUUAAACUCCAAGGAUCCGUUCGAUUCUGAGGAGGAAGAUGGCAUUAUGAGCUUCCCAUGUGGUGCAGCUCGUAUUCAAUAUCAGCCGCCAUCAACUGCUUCGGUAGCUAAUUUAUUGGGAGAAAUACAGAGCCAUUCUCAGCUGACGCGUAGUAAAUCGUCGGUGCUGAAGAAAUCACAGACGAGCGAUGAUGAGCUGGACGAAUUGGAUUCGCCUCUGAAAUCUAUCAUCAUCGACAAUUUUCAGGCAUCACCGAACAGGGACGGAAGUCGUAGUAGUAAUGCUUUGAGGUAUCAACUCCUUCGAGACGUAUGGAUGGACUGUGAUUAAAAAACAGUCCGAGAUGAGUUGCAAUAAUUUCUUUGUUUUGUGGAUCAAUUAUGUAUUUAGAUAGUUCAGAAACGGGAAAAGAAAUGCUUCAGAUGUUUGUAUUUCAUUGUCAUUUAGCAAUAAAAAAAAAAAACAUUUCGUUGAUUUGU